AUGGAAGAGGACAUAGGACCAGUAAGAUACUUCGGAGCAUCUCAGGCUGACGGCAUUGCUGUGCUCAGUGAUUGUGACAGCUUGACGGAGGUUGACCGGCUCAUGCCUGGAGAUGUGGUGGCGGCACAGGUUCCAGUUAAUGGAAGUCAUGCACGACUCGUGGACGGAAGGGGAUGGCUUGGCCUCGACCAGAUCGGCAGCGGUUUGGAAGAAGUCCAUCCCUGGGCAGCCCAGAUCAUGCACAAGCCGAGAAUCACCAAGGCUGAUGCCGCAUCUUUGGGUUAUCUAUCUCUUGAUGAAGAAAAGUUAACACCAUUGGCUCAACACCUGCCGCUGCCGAAUCGAGUCAUUGCCCAGCUGGAGAGGAAGGGAGUGAAAAAAGCCUCUCCCAUUCAAGAAGCUGUGUUCUCAGACAUUUACAAGGGCAAGAGCAUGUGCUUGCAGAGUCAGACCGGAACUGGCAAAACUCUGGCAAUGAUCUUGCCGCUGCUUACUGCAAUGGCUGAGGAGUCCGAAUGGGGCAGACGAGGAGAUAAAAUCAUAGUAAUCACUUCAUGUCGAGAGUUGGCUGCUCAACUGUAUACCUACAUCGACAGCUUGGGCUUCUUCCCAAAGGCGAAAGGCUAUGCAACCAUGGUCAUUGUAGGCAAUGUGCCUCCCUCUGAAGCUGUUCUGAAUGCAAACGUCAUCAUCGGCACACCCAACGAGCUAGGAGGCCUGCUGCACAAGGACAGGGAGAUAAUUCAGACCUUGCACACUAAGCUCAGGGGCAUUGUCUUGGAUGAGGUUGACGAAUAUACAACUGCCCCACGACUAUUCGCAUCGAAGUGGGCUAUCAAAAAGAAACGGCGCAUCUACAACGAAAAGAAGGCAGUUCUUUCUGGCCGACUUGGUAAUUUCAACACGGGCGUCAUCGAGUGGUUCCUGAAGCGAUCGUUGGCCUACUCUCGACGACAGGAUUUGCAAGUUCUUGCAGCAUCCGCAACAAUGAACCGCGACAUGGCAAGAAAAGUCCACCGCCUGCUCCGAUGGGAUCCUCUUGGACGUUGGUUCAACAAACCCCCUCCACUCAUGCGGCCUCUGGCCAUGAUGAAGUCAGACUUCCAAGCCAUUCCUAUGAUGCCGACUGUGCCUCUGGAUUUAGAUCACCGCUAUGUCCCCGUGAUUCCUUCCAUAAGUAGCACGGAGAUAAGUGACGCUCACUGGACGCGUAAGCCCUAUGAAAAGGGUGGCCUGCCGCGGCUUAAGGUCAAGGCCAUAAAUCAAAGACGAGGCAUGGGUCAGCGUCCAGUGAAAAAGGACAAGGCGGUUGCUAUGCUUGAUGGCUUGCAUGAUGCACUGAAGUCCAGAAAGCAAGGAAGCGGGACUUCCUUGGUGGUGAUAUGCCGGACAGUUGGACUUACUGUGCGUGAAGCGGUUCGGACACUCCACGAGUGGGGCUUCCAUGAGGCUGAAGCCAUCCAUGAGGCUUUGUGGACAGAUCCGCGGGAUUGGCCAAGUCGCUGGGCCAUCAAGUACAGCUAUGAUCAACAGGAUCAUGCGACAGAAAUUGCUGAAAGGCAUGAGCAGCUCAAUGAGAGGGCAAGGACUGCAACCCCUCUUGAGCAGCCUGUGGGAUGUGAUGCUUGGAGGGAAAUGGAAGAGCGCAAGAAAGCAGGAGAGAACACCGCACCGGUGCUAGUUGGAUUUGAAGGGCUCGGCCGUGGUAUUCACUUUGACGGUGUUGAGACCGUGUAUAUCCUCGGGCUUCCUCAACAGCCGCGUGCGUACAUGCACUAUGCAGGUAGGGUUGGGAGAUUUGGACAGAAAGCUGGCAAAGUAGUUUCCAUCAUACCCAAAGCAGGACAAAAGGUCUUGAAGGCAUGGGCAAGCAAGGUUGGUCCUGGCGUGAAGUUCCGGCAGGAGCCCAUAAUGAGGAUUCGCAGUGCUGAGGUUUCUAACGUGGAGCCACACAAGCUGCCGCUGCAGAUGGAGCGGCGUUUGCGCCCUGCCUCAGAGCCUGUGGAAGAGGAAGAAGUUGAGCAACAGGAGCCGCUGUUGCUGCCAGAGCCAGAAGAUCCAUAUCGAUUGCCUGAGCUGGAGUCGGAUGAUUCCGAAGAGCCUGAAAAGGAGCCUGUACCGGUUCCACACAAGAUGGCAGAUGCCAUCCGCAGCCGUGGGAAACAGGGUGAGCUCGGUGUUAAACAGAUAGCAGCUGAAAUGCAAAGGGCCACUUCGAGAUGGCCGGGACCACAGGAAGUGCCCCGGCACACGACCAAGCGCGAGAGAUGGAAGCAAGAGAAGGCAGCCAAGGCAGCAAGAAAGCCAUAG